ACGACUGCAGCAGGUACUGUCUUUGUGACAUUUUAAUUAAUAAGAAGAUCACAGAAAUGUCGUGCCAUGCAGGGACCUUUUUCAAUCCAGCGACAACUUUGUGUGAAGUUUCAAGUUCGGUCUGCGGUGGACAAUUGGCAAUAGAUACGACUUAUGCUGGGGGAUGCAAAAAAGAUGAUUGCGUCGUGAAUGGUGAGUAUGCACAUCCGACCACGUGCUCUUCGUACUGUUCCUGUCACAUUGAUGGCACCGGUAACGGCGCUUUGUACGAGAUGCAGUGUCCCUAUGGACUGUAUUAUUACCCACCAGAAAAACAGUGCACCUACACCAACGACCACUGUACUGAUGGUCAGGGAGGAGGCGGAAGUGCGGGGACGACAGACUAUUGUUCAACAGUUCUAUGUACAAAAUGGUGGCCAUACGAAUCUCACGAGGAUUGCACUAAAUAUUGCGUAUGUUCGGCUUUGGGUGGCUACGACGCUUACGAACAGGCUUGCGCAUCUGGGACAUAUUAUAACGAACUCUUAGGGUACUGCGAUACUAGCAAUGAGGUAUGUUAAAGACAGUUGAUUUCGCCGCCCAUCUUAGAGCAGGAGAAGUUACUGGACUGCGUCUUUUUAAAACACACUACAUUUUCUACUUUAUUUGAUAAUUCUAUAUUGAAAAUUAGGAUGGAGGCGCAUGUGCACGUGUACUUUUCAGACAACGAAGGUAAAAAUGGUUUACAGCACAAAAAUGAUAAUAAAGUGGCCUAUACUUUGCUAAUUGACAAUGAGUUGGCCAUCUUUAGUAUAACAAUUGAUAUUGUGGAGUUCAAAAAUCAACUGAAACGUUUACAAUUUUCUACAGUAUGUAUUCUUACCGUCACAAUCACAGUCCGCCUUUACACAUUUUUCUCAACCGAGAGACUAGUUUCCGUGUGGAAUCUGCACUGUGCAAUAGUAGUUCAGUGUGGAAUCCAUUACGUGCAACAAUUAGUCUGGGAGUUUGCGCAACUGCAAGACAUGUAGAGGCUGGAGAGGGAUUCUCUCUUUUUUUAGGGUCAUUUAUUCUGUAAGCCGCUUAACGUGAAUACCAGCGGUUCGAUUUCUCCCAAACAUCAUCACUGGUGGAUGGGCAUAUCAAAGAUUUUGAAAAAAGACUUAUAUGAAAACUUAAGGCUUAAAUCAUGUUGUGGUAUGGGUCCAGUUCACUUCACGUGCUCAUCACUUAAGGCCUUUUAU